UCUCUCUUGCGCAGCUUGCAGCAGGAACAGGAAGUCAGGAGAAAUCCCAGAGAAGGAGAAGUUACAUUAAAGUUGGUGUAAGAUGAGCCGGAUUUAUAAUAACACGACACUACAGAACAAACCGGUACACAAUGAGAAAGUGGACCACGCGUGGGCUCCCUCCACGUAUGAAAGUGGAGACGGGGUCCUGCUAGAGGGGAAGCUGCUGGAUGUUUCCAGACAUGCAGUCUGUGAUGACAGCAAUCAGAAGGUCCGUUUCUUUGUGCUGUACAUCAAACCCGGCCGCAUCCAUCAGAGGAAGUUUGAUGCAAGCGGGAAAGAGAUCGAACCAAACUUCAGUGAUACAAAGAAGGUUAACACAGGCUUCCUCAUGUCCUCCUACAAGGUGGAAGCUAAAGGGGAGUCAGACCGUCUGUCUGAGGAGCAGCUGUCAGCCAUGGUGAACAAAGCAGAGCUGGUGAAGAUAACUGACAAGUACCGACCCAGCGGGAGCGUGGCCUUCUGGUACCCAGAGUCCGAGAUGGACAAGACGGAGCUGGAGACGGGGCAGGAUGUUCGGCUGAAGACCAGAGGAAACAGUCCCUUUAUCUUGUCCUUAUCCAAGGUAGACGGUGGCACAGUGACUAAGUGUAAUUUUGCUGGGGAUGAAAAGGCCGGAGCGUCAUGGACGGACAAGAUCAUGGCCAACAAAGCAGACGCAGGUAGCAGCCUGAAGCCUGGAGGGGAAGGAGCUGGGGCCGAUGAGGACGAAUGGGAUGAUUGAGGCAAUGGUCCCCCAAACCAGCCUGAACCGUGGACCCUCCUCCUGUCACCAGCUUUGACCUCUCUACUUCCUGUCUUCAGACGUGACACCGGGGUAUUUUCCCUCCUGAACGUGCUGCCUUUGGAGGAAACCUUGUGAUCUGUAGUGUUUGGUAUGAAGACUCUCUCAGAUCCACUGGGUGUAUCUGGUCACUCUUUGUGAUAAUGACUGUUUCUUUAAAACCCUGCCUUCUCUUUUUUACUUCAGUUAUCUGACCGGAGCUUGUGCUUGGAUUUUCUGUCUUUCACUAACUUUCUGGGACAAAACAGAUCCCAAUGAUACAUGCUGUAGUUCUGUGGAGGACAAUAAAACAAUCCAUGUUGUUUUUUAAAGGUA